AUGAAGACAAUUUCUGGCCAUUGUCUUUCGGUGAAAGAUGUAUCACUUUCAAAAGCUGCAAAAAUUCUAUCAAAGUUUGUCUCUGCUGAUAAUGGUACUUCACACAUAAUCAAUGCAUAUCUCCAUCGGGCCUCUGCUUCUUUCACAGAGCUCAAUCAAAUCCACAAGGAGCUUGAAUCGUCCCAGUCUCAUAAGAAGUAUAAAAGGCACAGAGGAGAGAUUGUUAAACCGGCGCUUAGCCUUGGACAUGUGAAAUCUAUUGAGUUGAGAAAGCAGCAGACUGACAAUGGGAUUGCUGCUCUAGAUGAUGAAAAAUCAACUCAGACAAUUAUCAAAUGUAGGCAAGAACUUAAUGGUUCUAUUGGAUUGGAGAAGAAAAAGAAAUACAAGAAAGGAUUGGAGAAUGCAUUAUAUGCUGAUGAGGAAGAAAAGUUGGAGCAGAGCAAGAAUAGGAAAAGUUCUGAUAUGGAAGACAAACCAGAAUAUCCAACUGCGAGUUUGGCUAAAAAGAAAAUUAAAAGGAAACACAGCGGUGAUAUUGAAAUUUAG